UUCAGUGACCUGCGGGCUGGUUCCGUUACUUUUGUUCAGAAGAACUCAGAAGUGGAUCGGAACCAAAACCACCUGCAGUCUGAUAAAGACUAGAACCUACCAGUUUCUUCCGAAUCCGUUUCUGAUCCUCGUUUGGACGUGACGUCACAGCAGCCCGCCGGGUUGCCGUAGUGACACAAUGAACCGGAAGUGAGUUCGGCACGCGGUGGAGCAUGUUUGGUUCUGGUCGGGACUAGACAAUUCCAACCGAACUCAGGUUUCUGUGGACUGUGACGUCAUGGCAGAGUUCGCGAGCGUCCCUGGUCAGUUUGAUGACGUAGAGGAGGACAGCAACCAAUCAGGUCAGGUCAUGAGUGACAUCACUGCGCAGCUGUCAUCCGAGUGGCUGGAGGAGGAGGAGGAUGAGGAGGAGGAUGAAGAUGAUGAAGAUGAAGAUUGGGAGUGGACUUCACCUGCAGAUCUGACCAAAAGAAUCAACCGGACCGGCGCCAGCUGUCAGGCCAACAGACAGACCCCGUCCAGUAAGACGCUUUCAUCAUCGACUCCCACGGAUAAAGUUCUGAGGAAAUACGAGCAGAAGAUCAACCUAGACAGACUGAACUACGCCGACUCGGUGACCAACAGGGUGACGGCCAUGCAGAGGCAGAAAGAGGCCGGAACGUACAGAGUUAAGGACAAGUCGGACCGAGCCACGGUGGAGCAGGUGUUGGAUCCUCGGACCCGGAUGAUCCUGUUCAAGAUGCUGAGUCGGGGAAUCAUCAGUGAGAUCAACGGCUGCAUCAGCACAGGGAAGGAGGCCAACGUGUACCACGCCAGCACGGCGGCAGGAGACAGCAGAGCCAUCAAGAUCUACAAGACGUCCAUCUUGCUGUUUAAGGACCGAGACAAGUACGUCAGCGGGGAGUUCAGGUUCCGACAUGGGUACUGUAAAGGAAACCCCAGGAAGAUGGUGAGAACGUGGGCUGAGAAAGAGAUGAGGAACCUGAUUAGGCUGCAGACGGCGGGAAUUCCGAGUCCAGAACCGGUGCUGCUCCGGAGUCACGUUCUGCUGAUGGGCUUCAUCGGAAAGGAGAACAUGCCCGCUCCCCUGCUGAAGAACGCGGUGCUGUCCGAGUCCAAGGCCCGGGAACUCUACGUGCAGGUGGUCCAGAACAUGAGGAAGAUGUUCCAGGAGGCCCGGCUGGUUCACGCGGACCUCAGCGAGUUCAACAUGCUGUACCACGGCGGAGACGCCUACAUCAUAGACGUGUCGCAGUCGGUGGAGCACGAUCACCCUCACGCCCUGGAGUUCCUCAGGAAGGACUGCAGCAACGUAAACGAUUUCUUUGUGAAGCACGGUGUGGCCGUCAUGACGGUCCGAGAGCUGUUUGACUUCAUCACGGACCCGUCCAUCACCAGCAGGAACAUCGAGCAGUACCUGGACAAGGCCAUGGUGAUCGCAGCCGAGCGGACGGCGGAGCAGCGGUCGGAUCAGGACCGCGUGGACGAGGAGGUGUUCAAGAAGGCCUACAUCCCGCGCACGCUGACCGAGGUGAGCCACUACGAGCGCGACGUGGAGCUGAUGAGGUCCCAGGAGGAGGAGUCGGCCAUCAGCGGGCAGCACGACAACGUUCUGUACCAGACACUGACGGGCCUGAAGAAGGACCUCUCUGGAGUCCAGACGGUUCCUGCGCUGCUGGAGGAGGAGUGCUCUUCUUCAGAGGAGGAAGAGGAGGAGGGGAAGGGAGAGGAGGAGGAGGAAGAGGACCAGGAGGGAUCUCAGAUGGACAAGAAGGAGAAGAAGAGGAUGGUGAAGGAAGCUCAGAGGGAGAAGAGGAAGACUAAGGUCCCCAAACACGUGAAGAAGAGGAAGGAGAAGGUGGCCAAGAUGAAGAAGGGCCGAUGAACCCCAGAUCCAGAACCCGGUUCUGAUCCGGAACCAGAGACUUUAAUUCUGUAUCAUUUGGACAAUAAAUCUCUCACAAAC